CCGUUUAAAAGACAGGUUCGGAGGGGGGACAAGAACAACAGGAGCAGCAGAACUCAAAGAGAAGCCAAUCUCAACGAUUGUCUGCCCAAUUGAACCACCUUUAUCCAUCCUCUGCCUCCCCCGAGACCCAGAAGAAGAUGCUCUCGACGCGUGUCCAGUGCGCCCUAGCACUACUCUCCCUAGCCCUGGCCAUCAGCAGCGUCUCUGCCGCUCCGUCCGAUGCCAAACUCCGCCAGCUGCUCCAACGGUCACUCAUGGCACCUGCAGGCAAACAGGAGCUUGCCAGGAAUACACUCGUAGAGCUACUCUCAGAGCUCGCACAUGUAGAGAACGAGGCGAUUGAAUUGGAUGACAUGUCUCAUGGCGUGGAGCAGGAGGAUGUGGAUCUCGAGCUGGAGCGUGCACCCGGCCCAGUACUGGCUCCACGUGAACGCAAGGCUGGAUGCAAGAACUUCUUCUGGAAAACCUUUACAUCGUGUUAAUGAAUCUACACCCGGGCCCUUUACUGUGUGUACUACAUCUCAUCUCUUUUGUUUCAAUCACUCAUUGCUGAAUCCAAUGCACCAUGGCCUAACCCUCCUCUUCAAAAAAUUUAAAUAAACACUGUUAUAACUUUAACAAUCAUUCUGAUGUUUCUAUCGCUCACUUAGAUUUUUUUCCGAAAAGGAACACAAGAAAGAAUGUUCUACAAAUGUAUGCAAUUCUGCUUUGACUGUGAUUUAUGUAUUUUGGCAGACUAUUUUUAAUUGUUUGUUUGAAUAAAAUCUGUGUUUCAGAACCAAUGA